AUGAGCGAGAAUCCGCACUUGCGACCAGAACCGAGGACGACGAAAGUAUGGAGGAAGAACGUCGAUGAAGAGAUGGUUCGAUUGAAGGAAUGCCUGAAGCGAUACCCACUGAUCGCUUUCGAUACAGAGUACCCAGGGAUAAUUCACCGGACUUACAUAGACUCCUCCGACGACGAAGCCUACUUUGCUAUGAAAUCAAACGUCGAAUCGACGAAGCUGAUCCAGUGUGGUAUCACUCUGUUCAACGCCAAGGGAGACAUCGGUGGCACUUGGGAGAUCAACUUCUCCAAUUUCGGCGACCCAUCGGACACGCGCAACGAGAUUUCGAUCGAGUUCCUGAGGAGGCACGGUCUGGAUUUGGAGAGGAUCAGAAACGACGGAGUCGACAUGUUCGGGUACGGGUUCUUCCCCAAGCUCCUGUCUGCGUUUCACUCUCAGAAACACGUCGAGUUCGUCACUUUCCAGGGAGCUUACGACUUCGCCUACUUCAUGUGCAUCCUCAACAACGGGAAGCUCCCAGAGACUCGCGGAGAGUUUGCGUCGGAGGUGGUGAAAGUCUUCGGCGAUGUUUACGACUUGAAGGUCAUGUCUGGGUUAUGCCAGGGGCUCGGCGAACACCUCGGGCUAAGCAGACUAGCUCACCUGCUCAACAUCGCACGUGUGGGCAGAGCACACCACGCUGGUUCAGACAGCUUAAUAACUGCACUUGUCUACAUCAAGCUGAAACAAGCCUACGAAGACUCCAGGUUUGCUAAAGGAAUCCUCUACGGGGUCGGAAAGAGAAUGAUGGUUACAGCUACGACCACGCCUGAGCCAGCUUGUCUCCCUGUGACGUUCCAGCAGAAUCUAGUUUCAUAUCCUUCUUCAGACGUCAUGUACCACAAUGGAUAUGUCCCAAACUAUGAACAUCCUCAGCCUCUCUACUUGAAUCCUUCUGCUAUCCCAUGGAUGUAUGUGAAUCAGCUUAAUCAACAUCUUCCUUCAGCCACAUUCGCUUACCCGUCUGAGACACAAUCAUAUGCAGCAGCUGAUUACCUUGGUCCGAUUCCCAAUUACUACCAUAAAAAUCCUUGCGCUUAG